AUGGCUACUGACCUUUGUUAUACACUUGUUUGUCAAGACGACGCGACAGAAAUACCGUCCUUACAAGAGUUUCAGCGAGCUUUUGAAAAGGGCCCAGAUGAGACACGCAUCGAGACGAUGAAAAAGUUACUUGUGAUCAUGCUUAACGGUGAUCCCAUGGAAAAACUCUUACUCCAUGUCAUUCGUUUUGUUUUGCCCUCAAGAAAUAAGCAGCUCAAAAAGCUCUUGCAAUUCUAUUGGGAAAUUUGCCCCAAGACCAAGCCUGAUGGAAAACUUAAGGACGAGUUUAUCUUGGUUUGUAAUGCUUUGAUGAACGACCUUCAACAUCCUAAUGAAUAUAUUCGAGGUUCAACGCUGAGAUUCUUGUGUAAAAUUAAAGAAGCUGAAUUACUAGAGCCUCUCGUACCUUCUGUUAGAGCCUGUCUGGAACACCGUCACUCUUAUGUACGAAAAAAUGCUGUAUUCGCUAUAGGAUCUAUCUACAAAUCAUUUGAUAUGCUCUUCCCUGAUGCUCCAGAAGUCAUUGAAUCAUUUUUGCUUUCGGAAGCAGACAUGACCUGUAGACGCAACGCAUUUGUUGUGUUAUCCAACAUCGACCACGAUCUUGCUGUUCAAUAUUUGCUCCAAGUUAUUGACAGCGUACCUACUUUUGAUGAGUUAUUACAAUUAGCGGCUAUUGAACUCAUCCGUCAGGACUCAAAGACCAACUCUGCCAACAAGGCAAUCUAUAUUCGUUGCUUGUCUGAACUCUUGACCGCCGCAUCACAUUCUGUCAAAUACGAAGCUGCUUCCAUCCUUUUAUAUUUGACAUCAAGCUUUGCUGCUGUUAAAGCUGCUGCUUCUUGUUACAUUGAGCUCAUUGUUAAGGAAUCUGACAACAAUGUCAAGCUUAUUGUUCUUGAUAGACUUGAAGAAAUCAGAAGCAAACAUGAGGGUGUAUUAGAAGACCUUGUGAUGGAUAUCUUACAAGUGCUGUCAAGUCCCGACAUUGAUGUCCGUCGAAAGGCACUGCGUAUCGUUUUGGAAAUGGUUUCUUCAAGAAACGUACAAGAUGUCGUUCUUUUCUUAAAGAAAGAAUUGACAAAGACACAAGAUGAUGCAUAUGAAAAGAACACAGAAUAUCGUCAAUUGCUCAUUCAGUCCAUCCACACUUGUGCCAUCAAAUUCUCUGAAGUCGCAGCCAAUGUUGUCCAUGUCCUAAUGGAAUUCUUGGGCGAUUCUAAUAACCCUGCUGCUGUUGAUGUUAUUUCUUUUGUUCGAGAAGUAGUAGAAAAGUUCCCUACUUUGAGAGAAUCCAUCUUGGAGAAAUUGUUGGAUACAUUUAGUGAUAUGAAAUCAGGCAAAGUUUUCCGCGGUGCGCUCUGGAUUAUUGGUGAAUACUGUGAGAGUGUGAAGGAGAUUGAUGACGCCUGGAACCAGAUUCGUCAUGCUUUGGGUGAAGUUCCUUUGCUUGCAUCUGAACAGAAAUUAUUGGACGCUGCUGAAGCCGAUGCUGAAGAAGGAAAGGAAAGUGGUGAAAAACCCUUGGUUCCUACAGGAAGUGCUGCUCCUCGUCGAAUCUUGGCUGAUGGUACUUAUGCGACAGAAAGCGCCUACACAGAAUCAUCAUCUGCUGCUGCUGCUCGGCUAGAAGCUGUAAAGGCAGCCAAGAAACCACCUCUUCGUUCUCUUAUCCUUGCUGGCGAUUACUUCCUCGCUACCAUCCUUUCGACAGCCCUUACUAAACUCGUGCUUCGUUAUGCCAAGCUUGUAGACGACGCCACGCUUGCCAAUGCUCGUAAAGCAGAGGCUAUGUUGAUCAUGACUAGUAUCCUGCGUAUUGGUCAAUCUAAAUUUGUUGCCUUUGAGAUCGACGAAGACUCAUACGAUCGCAUUAUGCAAGAUUUACGUGUCGUUGGCUCCGCUGACAGUUCCACUGUAGACCGUGUUUACCUUGAAGAAACGCGUGAAGCAUAUGCUAAACAGCUUCAAGCUCAAGACAAGCGCUUAGCCGAUGCCAAGGCAGAAAGCGAAGUGAGCACUCAAAUCCAAGCCGACGAUACGAUCGUGUUCCGUCAGUUUACAAAGAAAUCAGGAGGUAAUGCGGAUGAGUACGACCAAGACUUGUCUCGCGCUACGGGCACAUUAGAUGACAAGGACGAUCUGAUGUCCAAAUUGAACCGUAUUGUCCAGUUGACUGGCUUUUCUGACAAGGUGUAUGCUGAAGCUGUCGUUAACGUUCACCAAUAUGACAUUCUUAUGGACGUCUUGAUUGUGAAUCAGACAAAUGAAACCCUACAAAAUCUGACAGUUGAAUUUGCCACACUGGGAGACCUUAAGCUCGUUGAUCGUCCUACGACGCAUAACUUGGCACCCCAUUCAUUCCUAACGGUCAAGGUGCCUAUCAAGGUAUCCUCUACUGAAACAGGAGUGAUAUUUGGUAAUAUUGUGUAUGACUCUCAUGGAUCAAGCGAGAACUGUGUUGUGUUGAACGACAUUCAUAUUGAUAUUAUGGACUACAUCAACCCUGCCUACUGCACGGAGACUCAAUUCAGAUCUAUGUGGACCGAAUUUGAAUGGGAAAAUAAGGUGAAUGUGAACACAAAUAUUAGUGAUUUACGCGCCUACUUGCAACACAUUAUGAAAUCAACCAAUAUGAACUGCUUAACACCCAAGAAGCAGCUUGAAGGCGACUGCGGCUUCUUAUCAGCUAAUAUGUAUGCUAGAAGCAUAUUUGGUGAAGACGCAUUAGCCAAUCUGAGCAUCGAAAAGAACGGUGACGGACCGAUCACUGGACACAUCCGUAUUCGCUCCAAGACACAGGGCAUUGCAUUAAGUCUUGGUGACAAAAUUACGCUUGCCCAAAAGGUUGCAGCUUAA